UAACGAAAAUCCUUGUUUUUUCUUUUAUAGGCUUUAGAAAAACAUCUUUUCCACAGAGAGAGACAGAGAGGUGUUUUUCUCCUGCAGAUGACAGCUCUUUCUCUGCAGUCCAAACAUCAUGCUUCCCCGGGCGGGUAAAGAGUUUCUGGUCCGGAUACGGUUCUCCUGGCGGCCGUUUUUCCAGGGCCGGUACCUGAUCCUCACCAACACGUUGAGUGGAGGAGUCAUGCUGGGAUUGGGAGACUUCCUGCAGCAGAGCCGGGAGAUCCACAAGCAGCAAGACAGAGUCCGAGACUGGAGGAGGACAGGCUGUAUGUUUGCGGUGGGCUGCUCAAUGGGUCCACUGCUGCACCACUGGUACGGCUGGCUGGACAGAGUGUACGUCGGUAGAGCUAUGAACACGGUGGGAAAGAAGGUUCUGGUGGACCAGCUGAUCGCCUCACCGACAAUCGGGCUGUGGUAUUUUUUAGGUAUGGGUCUCAUGGAGGGACACACUUUAUCUGAAGGAUGGGAGGAGUUUAAAGACAAGUUCUGGGAAUUCUAUAAGGCGGAUUGGUGUGUUUGGCCGGCCGCUCAGAUGAUCAACUUCUACUUUCUCUCACCCAAAUUCCGCGUUGUCUACAUCAACUUUAUCACCUUAGGGUGGGACACCUACUUGUCCUACCUCAAACACAGAGAUGACAGCCACCCUGCUGCAGUGGUGUCAGACAGCAGUGUUGUGGAUGUACAGCAGGAAGCUCUCCCACCACCCAAACCUCUGGAGGAGAAAGCUUAAGAGACGGAGCUCGUACUCAACUGUAAAGUCGUUCAUCGCAAAAUUUUGCUCUUUUCCCGCCUUGGCAAAAUGUUGUGAGACUGUCACGACAGUUAUUCGGGUGGUCGUUUUUCUCUGACAAACCGCUCCUCUCUCAAAGUUUAAACCGACCACAUCUCUGUGUGUGCGUUCAGAGGAGUUGUGGAUGUUUAAUUUGAAGUGCUGGAACACUUUUCCCUUCUUGUCUGUAGAGUUUUAAUGUGUCUCUGUCCAGUUUGUUUUUUUAUUUAUGUCAGAAAGAUGUGCACUCCAACAGGAGGAUUCAGGGAUGAGAAGCUGUUUCACUGCCUGUCGGGCCAAUACCUCUGAUGGUAGUGGGUUUUCUUUUAAUCACAACCAAGGCUGGAGCGUAACUCCUGCCAUUAACACAACA